AUGCGGAGCGGGAGUGGCGCCUGAAGUACGAGGGCUCCCUGUCGAGCUCUAAGGAGGCGGAGAGGGCGCGCCGCGACGCCGCCGACGCUAGGGCGGCCACGCGUCUGGCACUCGAGUCAGCGGACGAAGCCAAGGCCGAGGCGGCGUCGGAGCGGCGCCGCGCGGAGCGCUGGGAGCGCGAGGCGGCGGCGGUCCGGGAGACCGUGGAACGGUGUAGAGCUGCCGAGAAGGACGCCGACGAGGCGGCCGCCGAGCUGCGGGCGGCGGCGCGCGACCAGGCCGCGGCUUUACUUGAAGCCCAGGCGCGCGUCGACGCUCUCGAAGCGCGCAUCGCGGACGACGGGUCGGUCGACGGCGCGUCGCACGAGGCGCUCGCCGCGGCGGCGGCCGGCGAUUUGGACGAUGUCAGCUCUCAAACGACGUCGGUCGUCGUGGUGCACGGCGGCGACGCGUUCGCGUCGCUCCAGCACAAGUUGGAGCAGAGCGAGGACGUCGCGAACGCGCUGCGGGCCGAGGUCGCGGCGUUGCGAGCGCGGCCACCGCCCUCGCCGGCCUACACGUCCGUGGAGGAGACGCUGCGCGAGCGGCUACGCGCCGCCGAAGCGGACCGCGAAAGGAUCCAGGGCCGCCUGCGCGAGGCCGUGGCCAAGCCGGCGUCGCCCCCUGCGUCGCCCAUCUACACCUCUGCUGAGUCGACGCUGCGGAACAGAUUGGCCGCUGCCGAGGCCGAUCGCGAGCGGCUCUCCGACGAGCGCGGAGCGCUGAAGCGAGAAAGGGAUGCCCUGCGCGCUGCGGCGGCCGAGGACCGCGCGGCGAUGGAGAAGGAGGUCGAGGCGCUCAAGAGCGUCGUGGUGGAGCACCAACGCGACUCUGCGCGGCGCGGCGAGAGCGAGGCGGCACUGCGACGCGAGAACCAGCAACUAAAAGCGGACGCGGAGUUGCUCACUCCUCGCACCGGCAAGGAAAUCCUCGCCGCGAGGCUUGAGCGCGCGGCCGCGACGGAAAAAGAAUUGCGCGCCGAGAUUGCUUCGCGGACGCCCCGCGCGAGCAAAAUGAAGAUCUUGGCCGAGCUCAACUCCGUCGCCGGCGAGCGCGACAAGCUCAAAGCCGCCGCACACGAGCACGAAAUCGUGGCUCAGCGCUUCCGCGACGAGAUGGGUCUUGUGCGGCGCGAGGCCGACGAAUUACGCGAGCGAGCUGCGAAAGGAGACGCCGAGGCGGCGGCGGCGGCGGCGCUGCGCAGCCAGCUCACCGAGGCCGAAGCAUCGCUUGCGACGGCGCGCGACAAAAGAGCCGCCGGCGACGCGUUGCGGAGCGCCGCGGAGGAGGCGCGCCGCGAGGCCGCAUCCUUAUUAAAGAAAGUCGAAGUAGUCGAGGCUGCGCGCAUGGCAGCCGACGCCAAGGCUGCCUCUGCCGUGGCAGAGCGCAAGGAAGCAUUCCGGCAGCGCGACGACGCCGUGGCCGAGGCGUCACGUUACCAAAACAUUGCCGAGGACGCUGAGGCCCGAUGCGCGGCGGCCGAGCGAGCUGCCGAGAAAAGUGCUUCUGCGGCAGCCGAGGCAAUAUCUAAGGCGCGCUACGCCGCGAAGGAUAUUGAGCACUCGCGGAACGAACUGGCCGCCGUCGCGUCCGUCGCGGCGUCGCGGGACGCGCUCGAACGAGCGCUCGCCGAGAAGACCGCGGAACUCGAGGAGGCCGGGCGCCUAGCCCUGGAGGUCGAUCGAUUAAGAAAAGAGGUCGAGGCUGCCAAAUCGGAGGCCUCGACGGCGUUGAGGACGGAGCUCGCCGACGCGAAGCGCGCGCUGGACAGGAAGGACGCGGAGUUGGCUAGUAUGCGCGAGGGCCACGCCAGUCGACUACGCGAGGCCGAGGAUCAGUUGGCUACUGCUGCUAAGACUUGCGCGACAGCGAAGGCCGACGCGAUAUAUGCUCGCGCGGAGGCGCAGGCCGCCCAACAGAGACCGAGUCCCGGCGCCUUGCAGCGAGCCGAGAGCCGGUGCGAGCAACUGCAACGAAACCUCGAAUCAGCGCAAUCAGAUUGGGCAGCGGAGCGCGAUAGGUUGCGCGACGCGCGGGAUGCGCAGAGAGAUAGGUACGAGGAGCUCAAACAGAGGAUCGACGAAGGCGACGAGGCCAGUGCCAUCGCACUGGAGCACGCCGAGCGCCGCGCCGACGCGGCGAGUGCGGAACUCGAGGACCGCGAGGCGCAGCUCGCCGAGGCGCGGGAGGCGCUCAAUCGCAUGUCCGCCGAGGCGGGCGCGAGCACGGCGAAGGACGAGCAGCACGCUGCGGCACUCGAGGACGUCUCUAGACAACUUGUCGUCGCGCGAGAAAAACUUCGUGAGGCAGAGUCGCGCGCAGACCUGGCCGCCCAAAGUUCCGACAUCUCGACGAGUACGACCGCGCUCGCGGCGCCCCUGGACGAUAUCUACAAAAAGGUGCGAAAACAUGAGCGACGAUGGCAAGCUGAGCGCGCGCGGGCCGACGCGGCGACGGAACAACUAGAAAAAUUGCGGACAGCACACGGCGACCUACAGGUGCGCUUUGAUGCCGCGAGAAGGCGAAAUCGGUCGCCGCAGCCGAUCGCGUUCUCGCCCGACAAGGCGCUGGAGCCGCCGAGUCCGGUGAUCAGUCCGUCGCGACGACCAUUGAAGCCCCACGCGCCCGCUGCUUCGAGGAUGUUCUAAGAAGUUUUACUAAA